AUGGCAUCCUCAACCUUCAUCAACUUCAAGAAGCCCAAGGCUCGCCAAGGUGAGUACAGGCCUGGGCGCUUGCAUGUGGGUUUCCGCAAGCGGGACUGGUGUCCAGUCUGGUACGAACCGGUACACGAGAUGCAACCCGACGGCGAGGGCGGAGGUGUCAUGAUCGGACCAGACGAGGACGGCACGGUGCCGCUGGCUCUAUUCCAGGUACGAAGAACUCUCGACCAAGUGGUGACACAUAUUGACAUCUCUAGGUUGCGAUUGGACCGCAGCAGCGACGGGAGCCUAUGGAAGGCGAAGUAUCCUGGCUACCACACUUUGCUCUGCCUGUUGAGGAAUCCUCGAAGAUUCGGGACCGGGAGCGACUGCAGAUGCAGUUCCUAUUCGACGCAUGGCGCUAUUUGAACGAAGAUAAUAUGGACAAGGUCGACGAGCUCGAACAUGAGCUUGAUAAUGAAUAUCAUCGCCGCUGGCAAAGCUGGUUCGAGGAGGCCAAGCGGUGGAAAGAGAUCAAGCAGAAGGCCCGCCGCAAGCGUCUAUCACGGCGACAGGAAGUCGCUCAGCAAAGUUUCGAGCUCUUACGGCAGGAAGAUCCUAGCAUCCAGCUUGAAGAAAUCGAUCUAAACGGAGACACGUCAGAUUCUGAGGACUCUGCCUACAGCUCAGGCGAAGCGCUCUUCGUAAAGCCAUCAUCUGCUCAAUCGAAGCGCAAAGCAGGAGCUAGUGGUCGCAGACCGGAUGGUCCCAAGAAGUCGAAGGGUUCAGGCGGUAACAAAAAGGGCAAGCAGCCGCAAACUUUCACCCCUCCCAGCAGCGGUGCCCUUGACAGCGAAAACACCAACCGACGUUUGGUCCCCCAAUCCGACACUGGUCUCUCUGGCUCUGCAUCGUCCUCUUCUGGUAACCCAAUGCUAGACGACCCGAUCUAUUGGAGUAGUGGCCUGGACGGCACUCAAGUCAACCCUAAUUUCGACGAUGAUUAG